GCUACGGUAUCAGUGCUCGACACCGAUAGCUGCUCCGUUUACUAAUCGAUCAUUCCGGGUGUCGGGAGUCCGUGCAAAGUAGAUGCAAGUUGGUGUGCCUAUUUGAGAGGACGCAUACUUCACAAGGACACUUGUGUUUCAGCGCAAGAUGUUAGUUGGGAUUGUGUCGUGAAAAAUGUUGAGGACCAACAACAGCAACUCAUCGGAACGAAACACCGUUUGAGAUGUCCAACGAUACCUUCUCCGCUUCGUUGCUGCACCGCUCCAAGUGGUUACGAUUAUGAUGAGAUAACAAACGCAGAAUGAAAUACAGUGGCAGUAACCUUCUUGGUUAUGCAGUUUACGCAUUUAUUCUAUUUUUUAACGUUAUUCAUGCAGAAAGUGGUGUCCCAUGCAAAGAUCAACAAGGACGAAUCUAUGAAGAUACUUUUAUAUACAUUCCUGGCCCAGAACCCUGUACAUAUUGUCUAUGCGAUAAUGGCAAUCCAAAGUGGUGUGGAAGACUUGUUUGCAAUCGUCCAGAGGUAUUUCAGGAAUAUUGUAAAUCUACCCGGCAUAUCUGUUGCCAAUAUAUUUGUUUGGAUGAUACGGUGUUACCUAUACCGAAUGACAAAUCUGAUGGGAUUGGUAGCAACGCGAACGAUGCUGCCACAAAUUACGAUAUAGGACUACGAUCUGUUGCUAGUUUUGCAACAGCUGUAUUGUCAUUGAGUCUGUUAUUUUUUUUAAUACACCGUUUGCGCCAAAGAAAGAUACGAGUUUGCGUGGCAGGAAGACAGAACAGACAGUUAGCAGAGGACCAAAGAAACUUAGGUAGUAUGGGAUAUUUAGAACGAGAUGGACUGUCGCAUGGUGUUCCUAUGGAUGAUAUUGCGUGUGGAGCUAGUUAUCCAUUGUGGAAACCACCAAAUAAUUACUUUCCUCGUGGCGAGGCUCCACCACCUUACGAAGAAGCGGUAGCAGCAGCGAGAGCCGAACAAGCUCUUUUAUCCAUGAAUCCACAAACGCUUCCGCAAUUAAAUUUUCCAAACACCUAUUUGCCAAAUAUCAAUAGUCAUACAAGUAUAUCGUUAGUAGGAAGCACUCAAAGUGGUAUAAAUCACAAUUCGUCAACGUUAAUUUGCGACGGCGGCAUAACGGAUCAAAGUGGCUUAAUCUCAACGCCAAGUAGACCAAUAUCGAAUCCAAACAUAUAUGCUAGCUAUCGGCAGUCGAAUCAAAACGAAACGUUAUCUCCGAGUAUCAGUGUAGGAACUUCUACGACGAGUUUCACAGUGGGAACAAGUACUUACGAAAAUUUACCUACCCCCAUUGGAAUUUCGAACUUCGUUAAUCAGCGUCCUGAUGUAACUGCACAACCUUUAUCCAACUUCACCCAACAACAAUCCGCUAUUCCGAAAAGUUAUCAAACGCAUACCACCCUUCCUCGACAAACUGGAGCAUUUACAAUAUCCGCAACCUUACCAAAUUCUAGUGUGACUGCUCAUCGUACAAUUCCUAGGACUUUAACAACUCGUACCAGUGCAAAGUUACAAGAUAUUAUAAACGAUUGCACUCAGAAAGAAUUUUUACGAUCUACGAUAACGAUUGAUAUUACUACGUCGAACAUACCACAUUCGUCGCAACAAAAUGUUGUAACUAAAUUAGAAAAUUCAAGGGAAAAUACAAAUCCAGAAACAUUCCGCGAAGAUGUACAAAUACAGCCCUCUUCUGCUUCUUCCUCGGGAUUGCAACAAAUCGAAAGACAACCGUUGGAUCUUAAAAUGGAACUAAAAUCUCAGGAUUUUAAGCCACCAUUAAAUAUAGCUAAUGGAAUUAACGAAGAAGGAAGUUUCGAAUCGGUAGCGUGCACUUGUAGCAUACAAGCUCUUUCUACUCUCCACGACGAUACAGAUGAUUACAGAAGCGAAUGUGAAAAUUGUAAAAGCGCAACAGGUUCUCGUUAUUACUUAGAUAACGAAGACGAAUUAAUUACGUCUCCGCACGAAACUAUGACGUUACAUAGAAGACCAGAUGAAACAGCUUCGAAUGUUACUCCUCAGUAUUAUAGAACUUCACUCACACUGCCUAUAAGUACCCGUCAACGAACAAGGAGCACUGGCAUUCGUGAAAAUUGGUUCAACCCAGUGCCUCAAAGUUCCACAGAAUCCUCGGAUGAAAAUUGAUCGCAGUUAUGUGUUUCCUGUGCAUCGUAUAACUAUUAAAAUGAUUUAUAUUACACUACCAUUGAUCAAAAUUCAAUAUUAAGGAAGACGAACAAUGUUCAUAUUUUAUUGCGUUGCAGACAACGUUAUAUCGUCGGUAAAUGGUAUUACAUUGCCAGAUUUCAAAGUUACGGUGAAACUUUUUCUAUCUUGUUCGCUCUAUAUAAACUAUUCACACACGUACUCAAACUAUGUAUGACCUAUGGAAAAAAUGAGUCACGCUUUUGCUCUCACGGUUUUUCUUUACAUGUUAUUAAACUUUGAGAGCAAAGUUUAGAUAAUAUAUUUAUUGCAUAGCAACUUACAAUUCCGAUAUGUUUAAGGACGUAAUUACCCAAAGUAUUUUUAACUAUGUUCCAUGCAUAUCAUUUGUUAAAGAUUCAUCGACAGAACUGAAAAUUGAAUUUUCAUCGUUUUAUUACAGAAUUCUUUUAUUGUUUUGUCAUGAGCAGUACGAUAUAUACAUAUAUAUAUAUAUUUCGAGAAACUGGAUAACGCAAUAAAAUAUAAAGAACAGAUUAGUUCAUAUUAUACUCAUUGUUACAUAUACACUUUUCUUUGUUUUCUUGUUUGCCAGUUGUUAAUUUCGAUACCUAUUUACAAUAAUUUCAAUACUAAUUAUUCAAUAAUGUGAGAGAAAAGUGAGUAUAAAAUAGGAUAUGAAGGUUGCAGGUAAGUCAAUGACAAUUUGAUAACUUAUUCGAAUAUUAUUACACCGUUAUACCAUUAUUUAUAUUAUUGUUAAUUUCUACAUCUCAUUAUUAUAAUAACUUUUUAUGAAAAUCUUAGCGUAGAAGCCUUUAUUUGAUUAUGAUAUUUAAACACGAUAUUCUAGCUCAAUUAAAAAUAUUUUCAUAUAAAUAAAUAAAUUUUCUUUCCAUACUCUGGUAUUCUGACGAAAAUGGACAAAAGUAAAUCUAUUAGAUAAUGUGCAGUGCACAAGUAUAUAUAUACAUAUAUGUUUUGAAGUCUUUUAAGAAUACAUAUCAAUAUUGAGUACAACCUCCGAGUUAUAUAAAAAUUACAUAAAUAUAUUCGUUUUAGUUAAUUUCUCAACACAUUUGUUAAUUUUUGCCGUUCAUUUAGCAUGAAACAUAAGUGUACGAUAUGUUGAAUAAUAGAAAUUGUUUUACAAUUUGUAUAUACAUAUGCUUGAAACAGAUCUAUUGGUUCAAAUAGCCUAAAUCAGCCAUAGUGCGUAUAUGUUGUUGCUUCUUCCACUUAUCGUGUGAAUGUUGACUCUAUUCUGUUAUAUUUCACCGUUAUGUAUGCGAGCGUUCGUGCAUUUGUGUGUUACGCGCAUACAUAGAUAUAAUAUUCGUCUUAAAACUCUUAAAUUGGCACUUGGGAAAAUCUGUUAUUUCGUAUAUAAAACGUUCAUUUUAUGAUCUUUUUUUUCUCGUGAUUUUUAAUGGAAAGUAUGAUUGUAGUUAGCCAAAUUUUACAUUCAAACAAUCGACUCACAUAAGAUAUGGUGAAAAUUUCUAACGAUUAAGUUUAACAUUUUGGUAUAAGGAUAAACGUUUUCAAGUCUAUACAAUUAUACUCUAUGUAAAGUGAUAAGAAUGAUUUUUCUUAUUGGGGAUUAUUUGUAACAACGCACUUUGUACGAUCCACGCAUGGGCGAAAUACUCGUUGUCUCUAAUCGGUGAUUAAUGAUUUUUACCAUAUGAAACAAAAUACGAAAUGGUCCCCUAAAGCAUGCAAUAUUUAGUAAUUAUAAUAUAUUUUAGUUUAUGGAUAGAAUUUAAGAAUCAGACUGAUCAUAUUUAAUGAUAUACAAAUAUUUCUAUUUGAAUCAAGUCGGAGAUGUAUUUCGCUAAUCAUAUAUAUUUCACUAAAAUUCCUUUCCUAAUGUAAGACAUUUUUUUACAUUAUUACAAAUAUUCUAUAAAUUAGUAAGGUCUAGGAUGACUAACUAUUGAUAAUAUGUUAACAAAAAUUAAUAAGUAUUUUAUUAUCAUUAUGACAUUAUUAAUCUCAUCGUCAUUUUAAUCCGUUGUACUUUUGUGUUAUUUUACAUUUUUGUUAUAUUUGUGAAAUACUUUAAUCGAUCAGUUAGUUAAUCAAUUGUAAGAAAAAUACGAUUAUUUAUUAGUUGUAACUAUUUUCACAAAUAUUUGUUAUUUUAUGCAAAAGCACAUAUUUAUUAUCCAAUUACUGUUUAUAUAUUCAAAGGUAUAUAGAAAUGUAAAAGUAAUAAGUUGCAAAAAUUAAUUAACGAUUGCUGUUACUAAUUUCCUUUGAUAAUUAAAUUUUUUGCAUACAUUUAUCACUUUACGUUAAUCAAACAUGCACAGAGAGUACGUUUCGUAGUUUUGCUCCGGUUAAGAGUGUAAAUAAGAGGUGUGUGAUUAAUUGAGAGAAUAUUGGAUAAGUUCGGGCGGACGAACGUAAUAGUGACAAAACAUUGCCUCAAAAGUUACUUUGAAAAUUACCCGCAAGAUAUUAUUUUACCAAUAUUAUUUUACGUAAUGCAGCGUAAUAUGUAAACUCUGUGCGAAAUAAUAUAAUUUUCAUAAUAUACAUAGAAAGUGAUAUUAACAUUUCAUAAAAUUAUUUCUUUGAGAUAACAAAGCGCUAUAUAUGUUUUUUAGUGAAUUUUGUAAUGAUUUGUGUUGUCUCAUGAUUAGAAACCAAGUGUAUAGUCUAUUAUGAUAUAGCGCAUAAACUAUUGUUGGAACGGUAUAAUGUAUGAAAAAGGAUCGAAUAAUAUUUUGAUUCUUUCCAAGGCCUUGAUUAAUAAAUUAGCAAAUUAAUUAUUUGGCAAUCAUUUACGACUAACGAGCAAAGCAGGACAUGUUAACAGCUAUGAAUGAUUAAAAGUACUACGUCACUAGUUUAUUAAUUAAUAAAAAUUUUAUGUGUACGUAGAAGGUGAAAACUGUGCUUAAUAUUAGCAAAAUAAAAUUUAAUACGUUACAGGUAUUAUUACGUAUUAGUUAUACGUAAUAUAUACAUAUAGCAUUUAACAGCUAAAUAAACCAAAUCAAUUAUUGAGGUAAUUGUUUAUUAUAAUUACAUUCGUCUGAUAGAACAACGCCACCAUUUCUCUUGUUGGUUACCAUUUAAUGUGUUCAGCCCUAGUAAAGAUAUUUAAGCUGCUUAUAUCCCUUAAUGAAUCUGCGAUUUCUUCGUUACGAAUUUCGUAAUUCGAGUGAACUCUAUGUAUAAGAUAAACAUCGACAAAAUAAAAAUUAUUUCUGUAAUAGUUAAUUUAUGACAUUCGUAAUGCUUAUUUCCAACGUAAACUUCGAAAACUUGGUUAAAUCUAAGAAUAUAAGAGAAGAAAUAGUUUUGUUUAAAGUGUUCGUUGUUUUGAUUUUUGCAAAUAACGUUAACGUGCGUUAAUGAAAGAGAUCGUGGAAUAUAUGAAAAAUAGCUAAGAAAACAUUGGUAACCAUAAAGGAAAAGAAAAGAAAAGAAAAGAAAAAUUUUUAUAACAUAAUCUUCUAUUGCGUCUAUCAUAAUGUCAAGAAUUUCAAACUAUGGUACAUACCGUAACUUUAUAAUUAUACAAUGAUUCUGCGUUGAACUAUAUUCUACAAUACAUAUGUAUGUAUGUACAUGCUUACAUAUGUAGGUAUGCAUAUACAUCGGCGAGGUAUAAUAUGCAGCAAGUCUGAUUUAUCUAAAAUAUCUUUGAUUCGACGAUAAUUAUUUUAAGUCUAUUUUAAUAUUAGUUAUACACGUUCCCGCGGUUUUUAUCAUUUGUGUAAUACUAAAAUAUUAUAAACGGCAAUGUUCUCUCGUUUUUUAAAUUCGAAAUUCUAAGUAACCUUUGAAAUGUUUCCACGUUUGAUUUUCAUUUGAAACUUAUAUUAUUCAAUAUAAAAUCGUGAUUCAAGUUUUGAUGACAAUCUUCUUCGGAGUAUCAAUAGUAUCUAUUUGUUUCAAUUAAAAUACAUACAUAAGUAUAUGAAUCGAAAUACUGGACUCCGUAUAGAUAUCCACACGAAGAAAAGUUUAAAAUACAUAUGUUCGUUUGUGAAAUUGAUAAUGCGUUUAUAAUUAUUAAAAUCUAUAAUAAUUAUUAUUGAAUUAUUAAGUAUUAUAGAUUAAACUUCCCAUUGUAAUUAUUUUUCGGAAAUAUGGAAUUAUAUAUGUAAUAUCAAUAGAUAGAAUUCGAGUUUCAAGAUAUUCAAAGUUAUUGAAAAGUCACAGGAAAAUGACAAUGAUGUUUAUAUAUAUAUAUAUAUCGAAUUAUUACAUAUACCUGCAUAUACUAAGUUACGAAUUAUCUUUUUAUUAAGUUACAGUUAUAGCUACAUACCGAGACAGAGGAAAAAAGAAGGAAAGGAAGGUAGGGUAUAAUAACAUGAUUACGUGAAAUGUAAUGUUUCAUAUCAAUUAUUUGAUAUAAUUUGAAGAAGAAUGUACCGAAUGUUUCAUUAUCCUUUUCGUCUUCUUUUUCAAGAAAAAGGAGUUAUUAAUUUCGGUAUAUGUAUAAACUUCGUACAGGCAAAUAUUCGGCUUGAUGGAAACAUAAGUACAUACAUAUGUAUAUGUAUAACUGAGAGAUCGUAGUAAUAGGAAGCAGUUUUAAAACUAACUUCGCGAAUAAAAUUACAUUUAAAGGGAAUCGAAGCAUACAUGAAACCAAUGAAACGAAAUCCAUAUGCGAUUACUACAUAUACGUAUUUCCAACUAUAAACAGACUCUGUGAAAAUCGAAAUCUCUUCUUAUGAUAAUCGACGUAUUUCGUGUGUUCAUUAAACUUGACUGUAUUGCAUUUUCGAAAGAAAUGUGUUCAUUAUAUAAUAAAUCUCUUUCUACGUGUAUACAGUCGUUCGACGAGAAAGGGUACAAGCGGGUACUUAAAAUGAAUUUGAAAAAAAAAAAAAAAAAACGUUUAAGACUCUUGUAAUUCAAACGGUACAAAAAUUUGAAUUAUUUGAUUGUUCGUCGAAUAAAUAUUUUAGCGAUCUAAAAUAUUGUAAUAUAUUUAUCUGAGUAGGUUUAGAAUGAAAUCUUUAUCGCGCUUACUUGUGUAAGUGAAGUAUUACAAAUUGUUAUAAGUUGUAUUAGAACAUUGUGUGUCAAUAGACUAUCGUUUGAUUGUAAUAAAUCAAUACUUUACAUAA